CGGGUUUGCAACGUUCGUUACACCCCCGCUCCGUUUGGAUUAGAGUUGAUCUGCACAACUCUGACUUGCCGUCGCGAAGUGGGCCAGAACUACAUCUCCAGGUGCAUGGUUGGCGAGGAUGAUCAUGACCCAGAGUUGACUGGGACAGCAUCACCAAUCCCAGGGAUGUGUCGCGCAAUAUUGCGUCCUCUGCCACCGGAGCACUUCGACCAAGACCGAGCAUCGCCCUUAGGACUUACCUAGAGAUGAAAUGAGCACCUCUCCAGGAAAUCAGGAGUGACUGUGAGGAGGAUAGCUCUGUGACCCUGACGAGGGCCCCGAAGAGAACCAGUAUAUAACACCCUCCGGCCACCUCCUGUGACAAGACCUUCAUUCACCAAGCGUCUCAGCUCUAUUUCUUUCAGGGCCCCAAUUCGAACAGUCCGAGUACACACCCGCAACCUGUACUGUACACAAUCUGACUUGUCAAGAUGACUCGCAGUAUCAUCACUCUGCUGGCGGCGGUCACUGCUCUUCAGCAGGCCGUCGCUGCGCCUGUUGCUCAGGGCGGAGGCGACAACGUGGCUCCCCCCACUCCCAGCGGCCCCCGAGUCCCCACUGGAGGCUUCCCAACCGGAGGCUUCCCACCCGUCCCAACCGGAGGCUUCCCACCCGUCCCUACCGGAGGCUUCCCGACUGGAGGCUUCCCUACCGGGGGCUUCCCGCCGGUCCCAACUGGGGGUUUCCCGACUGGAGGCUUUCCACCCGUUCCUACCGGAAGCUUCCCCACCGGAGGCUUCCCCACGGGUCGGCCCUCGGGCUCCGCCCCGGGCUUCCCUCCCAGACCCACCGGGGGCCCGCCGGCGAAUGACAAGCGCCAGGAUGAGGGACAGGCCGACGUGGCAUUUCCGCGUCCCACCGGCACCGGCCGCCCGGUCCGCCCUACCCGCUCCGCUCGCCCCACCCCCAGCGGCCCGGCUCAGUCUCCUCCCCCGAGGCCCAGCGGCUCGGCUCCUCCCCGACCAACUGGCACCGCUAUCUCCCGCCCUCCCAGGCCUACCGGCGGGCCGAGCGGGCGCACGACUCCAACCUUCACUCGCGUCCCGCGUCCCACUAAUGCCGAGUAAAAAGUUCGGGACUGUGGAACUGGUCGUUUUACUUCUUGAGGGAGCAUGCGGUUUCGGUCUUCUUUGAACUGUCGCUUUGGUCGUCGCAUACUUCGCUUCGUACUGUCGUUCUUUCCUCGUGCUCAGGCUGAUUCUGCUCUUUGGAAAGUGUUUGAGUCUCUGUGUCACGGCUCGUUUCUGUAUGUCGUAAGCUUUGUUUGGAAAAUGACAAGGGAAGGAGAGGAUAUCUGGCUCUCACUGAGUGUUCCAGUUCAGAUGGUUAGUACACCUUCGCGCCAAAGAUG